CAGCCGCUUUGUUUGUUUCUUUCUUUCUUUCUCCUCUUCGGAUCACGCAAGAAGAAGAACAAGUCUCCGUGUUCGUGUUCGUUGUAUGUUUUCCCCGGAAAGAAGCUUUGAUUGCAGCCGAGUCAAAAUCUUUCGAGAGAGAGUGCUUUGCGUGUGAUCGAGAGAGGUGUUGUUGGAAGCUUGGUUGGUUGGGGGAGUUCUUGGUUUGGUUUGUGGGGGGUGGUUUCCGGUUGGAUUUCGCGGUUGGGGAGGACGAGCGGGUUGUUGAGCGGUUCGGGGGAGGAGGCGGUGAUGGUGGCCGGGGCGGAGGUGAUGCAUCAGGUCGUGCCGCUGCUGGAGGCGUCGUUCCACCGCCGGUGCUCCGUGAAGGGGGUCGACGAGGUGUCGCCGCCGGUGGAGGAGAUGUCGCCGGAGGCUGCCUCGGAAGCCGCCAUCGAGGUGCCUGAACUGAUGGUUAAGGCACCCGUGGAAUCACUACAGUUUUCCCCCAACAUUCGAUCUGGUAGCUUUGCCGAUAUUGGACCUAGGCGGUACAUGGAAGAUGAACAUAUCAGAAUUGAUGAUCUUUCUGGUCAUCUUGGCUCACUGUUGAUGUGCCCUGCACCUAAUGCCUUCUAUGGGGUCUUUGAUGGCCAUGGGGGUCCAGAUGCAGCAGCCUACAUGAAAAGGCAUGCUAUAAGGCUGUUCUUUGAGGAUUCUGAGUUCCCACAGGCAUUAGAAGAAGAUGAAUCAUUUUAUGAAUCAGUUGAGAAAUCUAUCCACAAUGCAUUCUUGAGCGCAGACCUUGCUCUCGCUGACGAUUUGGCUAUCAGCCGAUCAUCAGGAACAACAGCUCUUGCUGCUUUGAUAUUUGGAAGGCAGCUGUUGGUCGCGAAUGCUGGGGACUGCCGCGCGGUCCUGUGUCGGAAAGGUGUAGCUGUGGAGAUGUCUCGUGAUCACAGGCCAACAUAUGAUGCAGAGCAUGAAAGGAUUACCGAGUGUGGGGGAUACAUUGAGGAUGGCUACCUCAAUGGAGUACUAUCUGUGACCAGGGCAUUGGGGGAUUGGGACAUGAAAAUGCCUCAAGGCUCGCGGUCGCCUCUCAUCGCCGAGCCAGAGUUCCAGCAAACCACACUCACCGAAGACGACGAGUUCCUCAUCAUAGGCUGCGAUGGGAUAUGGGACGUCAUGAGCAGCCAGCACGCGGUGACCAUAGUCCGCAAGGGGCUCCGACGACACGAUGACCCCGAGAGGUGCGCGAGGGAGCUUGCCAUGGAGGCGAAGAGGCUCCAGACCUUUGACAACCUCACGGUGAUAGUCAUCUGCUUUGGAUCUGAGCUCGGUGGUGGUUCACCGUCUUCGGAGCAGGCGCCGAUCAGGAGGGUUAGAUGUUGCAAGAGCCUGUCUUCAGAGGCCCUUUGCAACCUGAAGAAAUGGCUGGAACCUAAUGAGUAGAUGAUGAUGAUAAUGGGCAGGCUUUUUGUUUCCUGCUGUGUAAAUACCUUAUGACGGCUGUUCUCACACAGCCAGCAAUUUUGUAGGGAGUCGUUUUUUUUUUUUUUUUUGUUGUUUGCCCCUUCAUCGAUGUACAUAUAUACUUUAUCGGGUUCACCCGUUCAUGUAUUGUUACCGUGCCCCCUCAGUGAAAAUUUGCAGUACAUUUGUCGACUUGUUCUUUCCA